CACAAACAAAACAUCCUUGCAGAUAAACACAACUUCUUCUUCACUCCUAACAACAAGCCCCUACAACCACUAAAACCUACACCAAUUAAAUCAUCCAACAUGCCUCUUACACGGACUCACCGACACACUGCCCCUCGUCGCUCCAUCUUCAGCACUCGCCGACGUGCCCCAGCCCGUUCCAACCGUCACACCGUCACCACCACCACAACCACCACUACUAAGCCUCGUCGAGGAAUGUUCGGCGGCGGUUCCACUGCGCGACGCACACAUGGCGCUGCCCCUGUUCACCACCACCAGCGCCGACCUUCUAUGAAGGACAAGGUCAGCGGUGCUCUCCUCAAGCUCAAGGGCAGCUUGACUCGCCGUCCUGGCGUCAAGGCUGCUGGCACUAGACGCAUGCAUGGCACUGAUGGCCGUGGUGCUCGCCACCACCGCUACUAAGCAUAUUUCACAGCAUGAAGCGUAGCGAACAUGCAGGAUGAUCUUGACUUGGAUCACUUACACACCUGUACGAUUAUGAUAGCGUUGAUACCCUCUAAUGAGAGUUGAGAGAAGAAUUGUAUAAUUUACUAUACCCACCACAAAUAA